AUGAGUGCAAGUAAUUUGGUAGCAGAAAAAGUGUGGAAGGAAAUUGAAUCUACAAACACAGUGAAUGGUGAUCAACUUUAUAUUUUACAUUUUUUGUUUGGUAAGAACUUUGAGGGAGCUGCUAGAAUAGUGGAUCAAAGAGGUGUUAAGAGAAUUUCUGGUGAACCAAGUGGAAGGUUUAUCUUUCAGGUUACAGGGGAAUCACGGAAAAAAGACCGGUAUCUGUGUUUUGCUGAAAAUUUCUGUGCGUGUUAUUCAUUCUUCUAUGAUGUUGUCAAUAGAGGGGAACAACUCUGUUGUAAACAUCAGUUAGCUGCGAGACUGGCUGCAUCGUUGGGAUCCUACGUCGAAGUUAAGGUAUCUGAUGAAGAGCUAGCUUUGUUGCUUUCCAAAAUAUAG